AUGGGAGGUAACGAGAGCAUGGUUACAGAGAUGGAGAUGGACGUGAUCCCCUGCCGGGCUGAAGCCAUGGUGACAACAAAGAGUUCCGCGAAGAGAUCAGAUCGACGGAGUGACGAGGAGACAGCUGACUCGGCUGAGGAUUCAGAAAAUGUAGCAGUGUGCCCCAUGAAGGAUGAUCGGUUGUCAGGACGCAAGAGGAGUAGCAGUGCUGAUGCCUGCAAAGUGUAUCGGGAUGUAAAGUAA